AUGGAUUUUUUUGUGCUAGAAAAAUUCCUGCGGGAAGUGCGGGAAUCAAUCUUUCCACAGGCUGCUCACAGCACCAAGGAUUCUGUCAGGUUGCGUACGAAACAAGUCAUGAGCAAAGUGAAGAAAACCUACGCCUCUGCAUAUAUGUUAAGCCAUGCUACGCGGCUUCUAUACAUGGGCGAGGCGGAUGCUUUCUGUCCCCAAACUUUAGAUAAAAAGGGAUCUGGUUAUUGCCAGUUCGAUUCUGUUCAACGCUAUGGCGCCGAAUGUCUGAAGAAAGCAAUAGACGCAUCUGUCGAAUGGCUGGCAUCUGGCAAUCUCGAACACUUCCCUAAGCCCGGACUAACAGCUUCAUGUAUUAAAAAGAUUUCUAUUGCAUCUCUCCUGAAUCGGCGUCGGCGGCAAGAAGAUCGAUGGUUUCUUGUGGCUGAUUUACUCAAGUAUGCUCCAACACAAGAAAAACUCACAUACGGCGAAUAUCCGAUGAUCUUGGGUUGUGGAGUGUUUGAUGGACAUGGCGGACCGGAAGCCGCGGAACACUGCUCGAAUCUUGCACCUCUCCUUCUCAGCCGCCGGCUUCAACGUCGCUUUCUACCUUCCAACAAGGAUUGCAAAUCACAAGAGACCAUUCCCGAUAUCUUGGCCAGCGUAAUAGAUGAUCUGAAUUUUUCCGUGAGCGAGUGCCAUAGAGAGAAGGUGAGUCCCAGCUAUUCAUUGCGAUAUAAUUCCUGA